AUGACGGCAUCUUACCAGCCGCGCAGGGCAUCCUCCCGCCGCCUGGAGAGGCCCUUUUCUUGGGGCUUCCUUGGGAUCCUAGUGGUGGCCCUAGAGCUCCUGCUACCCACAUGCUCAGAUGCCUGUGAUGACCUACUAACAUUCCAAUCUAUGAAACCCAAGGGUUAUCCGGAACCCCCUUAUCAUCCAGGGGACACAGUGGAAUAUGAAUGUCGCCCAGGAUACAAGCAUCGUUUUCCUGUUCUUUCCAUCUCUGCUGUUUGUCAGCCUGACGACACAUGGGCACCUCUCCAGGAGGCUUGUACAAAAAAGUCAUGUCCACAGCUAGAAGAACUACUAAAUGGACAAAUAAAGUACAAAAAUGGAAAUCUGGAGUUUGGUACAGAAGCUCAGUAUGGUUGUAAUGAGGGCUACUAUUUACGUGGAACAAAAAUUCUAAAAUGUGAACUCUCUGGAAAUGAUGUGGAAUGGAGUGAUGCUCCACCACAUUGUGAAGAUGCCUGUGAUGACCCACCAAGAUACCAAUCUAUGAAAAUCAAGGGUAAUCCUAAACCCUCUUAUAAUGCUGGGGACACAAUAGAAUAUGAGUGUCGCCUAGGAUACAAGCGUAUUGUUCCUGUUCUUCCCAUGUCUACUGUUUGUCAGUCCAAUAACUCAUGGGUACCUCCUCUCCAGGAGGCUUGUACAAAAAAGGUAUGUCCACAGCUAGGAGACCUCGUAAAUGGCGACGUAGUCUACGCUAACGGAAGUAUGGAGUUUGGCUCACAAGCUCACUUUAAAUGUAAUGCUGGUUAUUACUUAAUUGGACAAAAAACUCUAUAUUGUGAACUCACUGGAAAUAAUGUGGAAUGGAGUGAUAAUCUACCAAGUUGUGAAAAGGUUUUGUGUAAACCACCUCCAAAAAUACCAAAUGGAGAAUUCACCAAUAACCACAAGGCUACAUUUGAAUAUAAUGAACUAGUAACUUACAGUUGUAAGCCUUCCGGUGGACCAGAUGAAUAUUCACUUGUUGGAGAGAGCAAGCUUAUUUGUAUUGGGCACGACAAAUGGAGUAGUAACCCUCCUGAGUGUAAAGUGGUCAAAUGUACCUAUCCAAAUGUCCCGAAUGGAAGAGUGGUGUCCGGAUUUGGAAAAAAAUAUCUGUACAAAGCAGAGGUUAAAUUCGAAUGCCUUGCAGGAUUUUACCUCGAUGGCAGCAGCACUAUUGUCUGUGGAGCCGACAGUACUUGGAAGCCUAAGAUCCCAACAUGUAUUAAAGUAUAUACCACUUCCGAUGAUGAUACACCAAUUAAAGGCAGUGAUUUAGGUAUUGUUUUGGUUAUUAAUAAUCCUCCAUUAUGA